AUGGAAGAAAACCACAUAUCGUUCUCUACUCCAAAAAGCAACAUGGCUGAAAACAACCAAGACCUUUAUCCCAUCGCCCUAUUGAUGGAUGAAUUGCGUUAUGAUGACGUUGCCAGUCGUGUACAAGCAAUGAAGAGACUAGACACCAUCGCCAUUGCUUUGGGACCAGAACGAACCAGGAGCGAGUUACUUCAGUACCUAGAUGAAGUUGUUACCGACGAUGAAGAUGAGGUGAUCUGCAUCAUUGCCGAAGAACUUGGGAAGUUCGUCCCUCUGAUUGGAGGGCCCCAGUAUGCGGUACUGCUGCUACCCAUUUUGGAAAAAAUCAGCUCUGUUGAAGAACCUGUUGUUAGGGAUAAGGCCGUCGAGUCGCUCAACUUAAUUGGUGAGACCCUAAGUGACGCUCAGAUCGAUUCUGAGUUUGUCCCCUUAGUGGAGAAACUUGCAAAAGACCAAUGGUUCAGUUCUUGUGUUGCUUCAACUGGUCUUUUCAAAGGCAUUGUGGCCAGGGUCGAUUCAGAGAAACGUAAAAAUUUGUUGAAUUUGUACUUUUCUCUGAUAAAACACGAAAUCCCUCUGGUAAGGAAAUCCUCGGCUACUCAUCUUCCAGAAAUUGUUGAUCAACUUUCAGAUAAGUUCGCUAACGUUGAUAACGAUGAGUUCAAUUGGAAUAUCAUCUACGAAAUGUUUCAAGUCCUAAUAGUGGAUCACCAGGAUUCUGUCAAGUUUUUGUCCGUUGAAGUUCUUAUCUGCAUGCUAGAGUUUCUUCAUAAGAUUGGUAACAAGACACACCAUGAGGCGUUAUUGCAGAACGUUCUCAAUUUGAUUAAUGACCCAAGUUGGAGAGUUAAAUACAUGAUCGCCAAUAGAUUUGAAAAGUUAGUAGAAGCUUUCCACGAUGACCAGAUUUCCCUGAGCUUGAUUGGCGAGUUUGCCGGACUUAUGAAAGAUCACGAGCCAGAAGUCAGAAAAGCGAUCAGUGAACAAUUACCAGGUUACGUCAGACUCGUAAGUGAGACAGGUAAUCAUGGCUUACAACCUGACGCCAACAAAGACAUAAUAAUCAAGGAGAUCAUCCCUUGUGUUAACAGUCUCUCAGAAGACGAAUCAGAAGUGGUAAGGGCUGCACUGGCAUCCCAGAUUACUGGUUUAGCACCUUAUUUAGGAAAUGAAGCCACCAUUGAGCACUUACUACCUAUUUUCUUACACAUGCUCAAUGACGUCUUCUCUGAGGUGCGUCUGAAUAUUAUCUCAAAUUUGCAAGUUGUGAAUGAAGUGAUUGGAAUUGAGAGAUUAAGCAACUCCCUACUACCUGCCAUUACCAGUCUUGCUCAAGACAAACAGUGGCGAGUGCGCCUUGCCAUAAUUGAGCAGAUUCCAUUAUUGGCUGAGCAACUAGGAGUGUCCUUCUUCGACGAAGGACUGGGUCAACUAUGUAUGGGUUGGUUAGAUGAUCCAGUAUACAGUAUCAGAGAAGCAGCAGUGAACAACUUACAGAAGCUGACGCAGAUUUUUGGGGAAGAAUGGGCAAGAAAAGAUUUGAUCUUGCGAAUCUUGGAAAGGCAGGAUGACUUAAUCAACUUUAUUCAUAGAAUCACAAGUCUGUUUGCGUUCAUGAAGUUGAUUCCUGUGGUAAGAAAUGAAAUUAUAAAAACAGAUAUUUACCCAUUUUUUGAAAGAUUGAUCAAGGAUGAGGUGCCAAAUAUUCGUUUCAACGUUGCCAAGGCUUACCAGGUUAUUGGUGAAACUUUGCUAGCUAACGACCCCAAGGAGGCACCAGUAAUAGAGUCCACGAUUAUCCCUCAAUUGGUACAAUUGACCAAUGAUGAAGAUGUGGACGUGCGAUUUUUUGCAACAAAGAGUUUGGAAGGUGUUAAGAAGGCUCUAUCUAACUAUGUCAAUUAA